AUGUCGAACACUCAGCCGGAUCCUGCCAGUCGUUCUCUGGUCUUGGCAGAGGCCAUGACACCGCCUCCUCUGCGACCGGACUUUCAAGGCCGUGCGCUCUUAGCCCUUAGCCUGACUUUGGCCCUUGCAGCCUUCGUCUGGUUCUCCCCGAAAUCCGAUUCCUCGUGGUCGCAAGCGGCGACGAUCGAUUUCGGGGAGUCGGAGGUGAGGGUGGCCGGGGAGGUCGUCUUCGGUGGCUUUGCUGGCUUUGGCAAGCUGAACAGAUGCCACAAAGUCCCAGCCGAAGUCCUGAAGAUGAAUCCUUCCUUCGCAGUGACCGGCAACAAAGCCAAGAUCACGGUCUACGCAAGAAACAACUGCGAGUGGCAUCGGCAAGAAGUGAUUGGCUCCUGCGAUGCGAAUGCUGCCGCGGACAUCGUGGAGGCAAUGAGCGGGAUCAAUCAUGAAUGGCUGUCACAAGCCCAAAGCUUCUCGAUCGAGCAGUGCUGA